AUGAAUCAAUCCACCAUCCUCUUCCUCACAAACAGUGAGCUUGGCCAAUCAUCUAUAAUCCUAGCUGUGGCCCAUGAAUUCAUCCUUCGUCCCUCAUCCUACUCGGUCCAUAUUGCAUCGUUUUCUCCUCUGCACGAUGCAGUCUCUAAGCUCAACUCCCGCGCCGUCUCCCUCUCUCAUUCCUCUCACCCUAUCGGUGCGGUUACCUUUCAUCGCAUAGAGGGGAGCUGUUUCGAUGUCCAUCGGACUGGGUUCCGUGGAGCACUCGAGGCGUGUAAGAACGUGUUGCCUGCUCUUCUGGCUGUGUGGAAUGGUCCCGAGUACAUGGCGAUAUACCAUAACUGUGUGGACAUUAUCUCUCAGUUGCAGCCGGCUAUCAUUGUUGUCGGCCCUCUUUUCUAUCAGGCGAUCGAUGCGUGUCGGGUGUUGAAAGCAAAAUAUGUGCCUCGGUUGGCGAAUGUGUGGAAAUUCUCUGCAAUGUGUUCUGGAUAUUCAUAUCCCUUGCCAUGGCGGCUGGUUUUACCGAAUGCCUACCUCAUCCUCAAGUUGGUCUAUUCGGUCCAUACUGCGACGGAAUACAAGGGCCUCCGAAAGUAUCGCAAUGCACAUGGCAUCCCCGGCCCUAAUCCCAGUAUGGCUAUCAUGGCUGGGGAUAAAACCCCGCACCUUCUUCCCGGCAGUGUCGACGCAGAGUUUCCCUGUGUGCUGCCCGCUCACUUUACUCUCUGUGGUCCGAUCUUACGGCCCUGUCUGCCAAUCUCCGAAGAGAAUCCAGAUCUGGCUGUCUGGCUCUCACAGCGACCAACGUUUUUGAUAAAUCUAGGUUCGCAUGUGACGUUCAACAGCACGGUGCAGCGACAAUUUGCAGACGCGUUGCAGCUGCUCUUUAACCAAAGACGGGACAUUCAGGUGCUGUGGAAGAUGAAACUGGCAAACGACACCAGGCCCGACAUUAAGGCACUCAAAGGCAUAUCUGAUUUCAUCUCAAAUGGCAGGGUGCGAAUUGAGACUUGGCUGUCCGUGGACCCGAUUGGUGUCCUGCAGAGCGACCGGGUAGCGUGGGUGGUGCAUCACGGCGUUGUCAACUCUUAUUAUGAAGCCAUUCGGGCUGGAGUCACCCAGAUUGUGCUCCCUAUAUGGUUUGAUACCUUCGACUUCGCCGCUCGCGUGGAAUGGCUUGGGAUAGGAACGUGGGCCAAUCGCAAGAACGGCCCAGGGGUCGAUGGUCAGGAGUUAGGUCAGUCAUUAAUUCGCGCGAUUGCCAGUGACGAGUCGUCUAAAAUGCGACAAAAAGCAGAGGCGAUCACGAAUGGGGAGUCGGAAAGAAGGCCGGAGAAACAAACAAUUCAGGCACACUCAGACACCAUGGCUAGUCAAAACGUUGCAUUCAUCGGAGUGGGCAACAUUGGACGGGGAAUGUGCAAAAACCUCGCCCUCAAAGGCCCUCAAACCUCCCUCGUCCUCUACAAUCGCACUGAAUCCAAAGCCACCGCGUUCGCCAACACCCUCCCUCCCAACAAAGCCAUCGUCGCCUCCUCCAUCCCCUCCGCCGUCCAACAAGCCGACAUCAUCUUCAUCUGCGUCGGCGACGACCCUGCCCUCCACAAAAUCAUCUCCACCAUCCUCUCCGACACAGAAACAAACCCCGACCUCUCCUCCAAGAUCAUCGUCGACUGUUCCACCGUCCACCCAGAUACCUCCCGUCGCGCCCGUGAUGACCUCGCCGCCCGCGGUGCCUCCUUCGUCGCUUGUCCGGUGUUCGGUGUCCCCGCCGUCGCGGAAGCAGGUCAGCUCAUCGUCGUCCCUGCCGGCGCUUCCGAGGCUGUGGAGAGACUUCGCCCCUUCCUCGAUGGUGUCGUCUCCCGCCAGACUAUCAACGUGAACAGUUCGGAUCCCGGCAACGCCACUGCACUCAAGUUGAUGGGUAAUACCUUCAUCUUGAACACCGUCGAGACUCUGGCUGAGGGAAUGGCCGCCGCGGAGAAGACGGGCGUCGGUGCUGCUGCUUACCAGGAGUGGGUGCAUGCUAUGUACCCCGGGCCCAUUGCCAAAUACGCCGACCGCAUGGCUCACGGUGACUAUCACCGGCUUGAGGAGCCUUUGUUCGCGGUGGAUCUGGCCAGGAAGGAUAUAGGACAUGCCAGGAACCUGGCUGGGGCGACGGGAAUGCGUCUGCCCACUGCUGAGCUCACCGAUAAGUAUUUGCAAGAUGUCAAGGCUGAACGUGGGGAGAAGGGAGAUCUCGCUGCGAUUUAUGGUGCUAUUCGCAAGGAAGCUGGAUUGCCGUUCGAGAACUAG